AUGGAAGGAGCUGAACUCUGCUUCCCAGAGCUCCUCAACACCUCCUGCAGUAAAACAAAGCAUUCACCCUCCGACGUGCUGCUUCUCUCCAUUAUUCUCGCUUUUAUUUCUUUUCUCACAAUGAUUCUGAACUUGCUGGUCAUCAUCGCUAUCAUGCACUUCAGGCAGCUUCACACCUCCACAAAUGUCCUAAUUGUGUCUCUGGCUUUCUCAGAUUUCAUCAUGGGUUUCCUUCUGUUCUUUCUGGUUUUCAAGAUAGACGGCUGCUGGUAUCUUGGCAACAUCAUGUGUGUUUUGUACGUCGUCUUAGGUUUUAUUGUUGCAUCUUCCUCGGUCGGAAACAUGGUCCUCAUUUCAAUUGACCGCUACGUAGCCAUCUGUGAUCCUUUACAUUAUCCCACUAAGGUCACUCUAAAACGAACCCAAGUGUCUGUUUCUGUGUGUUGGACUUGUUCUCUUGUUUAUUCCACUGUGAUUUUAAAGGACGAUCUGCAACAACCAGGCAGAUUUAAUUCCUGUGUUGGAUUGUGUACAUUUGAUGUCGGUCUCACUGGACUGAUUGUUGAUCUCUUAUUAACUUUUCUUCUUCCUGUUAUUGUCAUCAUUAUUCUGUAUGUUACAGUCUUUGUGGUGGCUGUGUCUCAGAUUCGGGCCAUGCGCUCUCAUGUUGCAGCCGUCUCACAUCAGCGUUCAGGAAAACCGAAGAAAUCUGAAAUAAAAGCCGCCAGGACUCUUGGGGUUGUUAUAGUUGUGUUUCUGCUGUGCCUUUGUCCGUAUUUUUGUGUCUCACUUUUGACCGAAGACAGCUUAUUUAAUAGUAUAUCAGGCAUCUACAUUAUAUUGUUGUACUACUUGAAUUCCUGUCUAAACCCUCUGAUCUAUGCAUUAUUCUACCCCUGGUUUAGAAAAUCUGUCAAAAUUAUUGUUACGCUUGAAAUUCUCAAGUCUGGCUCCUCAAAUGCAAACUUACUGUAAAGCUAAAUCAUGAAUAGUACACUGUAACACUACAACUCCUGGUUUUGACGCAUUACUACCUUAAUCUUCAAUGUUUUUGGAGAUUUUGUGCAAUAGACAACCACAUAGUGCUGACGUGUGAAGUGGAAGGGAAAGAGUCAUGGUUUUGGGGACUGAACUAAAUGUUCAUAGUGUUUGUCUUGUCUCACUGAUCACUCAAAGCUUUUCAGAUGACAGCUGCAUUCAACCAGUCCCACUCACAAACCUGCACAUUUGCAUUCGCACAUCAGUGUCGAUAGAUUCUUAAUAUUUGAUCAGUUUUUUGUUUUCCUGGCCUCGCUCUCAAUACAAUGCAGUAAAUCCAAACAUAAUUGUGUGGUUAUUGUUUGCCAUAGAAACUAUU